UCGGAUAACAUGCUGCACAAGUACACCUCUGUUUACCUUCGGGUAUCACCUGUCAAUUAACCCAUUUCAUAAUCCCUGACGGGUGAUCAGUUUGCACGCCAGGCAGAGUUAGAGCUUCUUCAAACAUGGCAGGAGUCGCGAAAAGGCCCUCCCAUGCGCGACUGUCCAAGACAGUGCUGGUGUACAGAAACGGCGACGGUUAUUUCCCGGGAAAGAGGUUUGUGAUCAAUCCCCGUCAACUGGUAACAUUUGAUAGCUUUCUCAAUGCCGUGACCUGCGGGAUCGCUGCUCCAUUCGGUGCUGUCAGGAACGUAUAUACUCCCCAUGAGGGUCACCGGGUCUCCAGUUAUGACACUCUGGAACAUGGAGAGAAAUACGUUGUUGGUGGAACUGAACGCUUUAAAAAACUGGAUUACAUCAACAUUAAAAUUAAGAAACCCCAUCGGAAAACGAGGGAAAUGAUUCAACCAGUGGUCCAUAGCACUAUCAAUGUGCCUGCUCGCUGGAGGAGGAUCUUAUAUGAGCCUUGCACCAUCAAUGUGUUUACCAACGGAGACAUCUUGGUUCCUGCUGUUCGAAUCCUCCUCCCAAAAUACACCCUCUUGAGCUGGGAUAGCGUCCUAGCCAUGGUGACCGAGAAAGUGCAUCUCCGCACAGGAGCGGUGCACAAACUCUGCAGGCUGGAUGGAACCCCCAUCACCAGUUCUAGGCAGUUAGAGAGCAACCAGUACUAUGUGGGUGUGGGCACGGAACGGUUCCGUCUGCUACCCUACUUCCACUGGGUGCCAAGGAAGAACAUUGUGCAAGAAGGCAGCUUUUGCGAUUUCCUUCCUCCCGCGCCUAAGAAAGGAAAGAGCAGAGGAGACUUGUUUGCAGAUCCCAAACACUAUGAAAAUUCGUUGUUUUACGCAAAGUCGAACAAGAGGCCUGAAUGCUACGCUAGACAGAAGAGUGGAUCAUCUAAAACACAGCCCCUGUUCUCUUCUGGAGAGGGCAGUGUGUUCAGAGCGAAACACUCGCGCGUAGAGACAACAGGAGCAGCAGAGGUGCCAGAGGACACACACACACAGGUGGUGCUGCCCACUGAUAAGAUGGAAGCAAGUGUGGUUGAGGAGGAACUGUGUGAGACGACCGAACACACAACGUGUCAGAGCAGAACCCCCACUCCUAGGUCAAAGAUGGAGCCCAAAAAAGUUGAAGAAAAGCAAUGUGACGUGACUACUCCAGAAAUGUAUCACAGUGAAACACCCUCGGCAAUGUCAAAGGAGGAACCGCCUGCCUCGUGCGGGCGUCUCACCCGUAUCCUAGCGCCCAAUGAACACUUUUCUCUCCCACACAUAGACUCCGCCCCCCUGUCCACGUGCGCCAGCGUAGCCUCGGCUCCUCCGGCUCCGUCCGACUGACCUGAGAACAGUCCAGCCCGUCUCACAGGCACAGGGUUGCCAGAGCAACGGUUAGUGUGAGACCAUGACAGACCCUGUAUGUGUAUUUCAGCGUGGA